AUGGUCUACACAGGCAGGCCGUCCGCUGGGUGCGCGAGCUGCCGGAAAUCCAAGAAGAGAUGUGACCAGCAGGUUCCAGCUUGUGGUCGUUGCGUACGUCUAGGCAAGGAAUGCGGCGGCUAUCGAGAUGUAUCAGACCUGAUGUUUCGUGAUGAAAGCCACAGUGUAUCGAGGCGACUGAACACGAGCACCGAAGCUGGUCCAUCUUCAGGGCGCCCUUCACCACCAAAACGAUCAAGUCCAGACAACGAGACGAGGGCCCGAUCUUUCUUCUUUGAGCAUUUUGUAGCUCCCAGUUACCUGUCAUCCCUGGAAGGCCUGGAGCUGGAUGGAUUUCUUUUGCAGCCAGUCUUGGCAUGUGCAUUGCACGUUAUCGCUCAACGACAAGGGGGCAAUCCGAUGGGCUUAGAAACGGCAAGAAAACGAUAUGUGGAUGCGAUACAUCGGACCAACCUAGCACUACGAUCACCUAAAACCGCAAAGCAAGACAGCAGCCUCAUCGCAGUUCUUCUGCUUUCGACUUUCGAGCGGUUGGCAUGGGAUUCGAGCAUGGCGCGAGAGAACUGGUCGCAACAUGUGCAGGGUCUCGCACUGAUUCUCCAGCUUCGAGGCCGCGAUCAAUUGGAGACCAAGCUGGGUGCAGACUUGUUCAGAGACAUUCAAUCAGACAUGAUCGUCAACGCACUUCACAACGAGACUGCCGUGCCGGCCUACAUUGUCGAGUGGUCUCAAUUCCUAGACGCCGAUGAGGCACAUCUUCCCAUCGACCAGAUCAUGCUAAUAGCAUCAAGCAUCGCUCUGAUCCGGCAAUCAUUCAGAAUCCGGGACAAAGUCGACGACGAGUUGCUGGCCAUCGCGAAUGAUCUAGAGUUCAACUUGCAGAAGUGGGCGGAAACCACCUCGUCGAACCCAAUGUUCGCAUACCGAAGCGUCCAGGACGCCUCUGGCGACCACGCCUUUGCUGGCGUUCGACAUGAGUACGGCAGUCCACAGGCCUUCAGAUACUGGAACCUUUGGCGGGUCUUGCAAAUCCUUCUCAGCCGACUGCAGGAGGCUUUGUGGCGGCGCUCGUGGCCCGUCCUCGCAUCGCCUGAACUGCCGAUUCCACAGCCUGACCACUUUCGAUCCAUUCGAAACCGGAUGGUCAAUGAAAUCUGCAUCACUACGUGCUCAGUGUUCGGCAACGACAACGCCGCGCAACCGCCGGCUGGCUCGGUGGCAAGUGGACAGGUACUGCUCAAUCCUCUCACGACCGCAGGAACGUGUUUGCUCGAAUCGCUCGCCGAGAUAACCAUAAGCCCAGAAGGUGGGCGACUCAUCUUGCUCGAUCGGCCGUACCACUUGGACCCAUACAACCAAACAUCGACUCAACUAGCAUGGGUCAUCCAAAAGGUCGACUACCUUGCAGAAAAGGUCGGCAUUCGAGCUGCGAGAUCGUUUAGCGAGUGGUUGAGAGGCGAAGACUCCGAGUACUUUGACCUUGGAAGAUCGUAA